AUGAUUAAAUUGGAUCAUUUUUUCUUUUUUGUGCGAUUAUUAUGUUUUAUAGUGGCUAUUAUAUGGAUAUUUCUUCUCCCGUUUGAUUAUUUUAACCGUAAGGUUUAUAUCUCUGAAAAUGCUAUUCUUCCAGGCUCAGUGAAUAUGUAUUUUGGAGGCAGUGAUAGCAAUGUUCUUGAAGCUUAUCGGGAUGAGAUUGAAUUUAUAAAUCAACAAAGUAAAAAUGUAAGAUUUGAUUCAUUACAUGAUAUUUUUAGAAAACUUGGUUUAAGAACAGCAAUACAAGAUUAUAAAAUUCAAUUUAAGGGAAAGAAUCAUUCUGGCACGAAUUUCUAUGCUAUUUUUGAUACCCCUAGGAGUGAUGGUACAGAAGCUCUUGUUUUAAGUGCUGCUUGGAAAAAUAUGAAUGGAGAAUUGAAUAAGGGUGGUGUAUCACUAGUUCUCGCUCUAGCGCGAUACUUUAAACGAUGGUCAUUAUGGUCAAAAGAUAUUAUUUUUCUUAUUCCAGAAGAAAAAGAAGUUGGAGUUCAGGUUUGGGUAGAUGCAUAUCAUAAAAUUGAUUAUGAAGAAGGUGUUUCACGUUUAAUCAUGAAAGGAGGAGAAAUACAAGCUGUCGUAGAUAUUGAUUUUGUUUCGGAAUUUAGAGAAUUUGAUACUAUAGAAUUAUUGUAUGAUGGAAUAAAUGGACAAUUGUCAAAUUUGGACCUUUUAAAUACUGUAAAUCAUAUUAUUCAAUCUAAAUCAGGGAUAAAAAUAAAAAUGCAGAAUGUUCUUCAAGGAAAAAACUCUUAUUUUCGAAAAUUAUUAACUAUGAUUAAUGGAAUGAUUAGUCAAUGUUUUGGAGUUUUAUCAGGAACACAGAGUUGUUUCAUACCAUAUAAAAUUGAUGCAAUUACUUUAAAAGUGCAUUCUAAAAAAAAUAGUGAAUACGAUGAUAUAUUAUUAGGUAAAAUUAUUGAAUCAUUAUUUCGCAGUCUAAAUAAUUUACUUGAACACUUACACCAGUCUUUUUUCUUUUAUUUGAUGUUAUCAGAAAAAAGAUUUGUUUCUAUUGCAACAUAUUUACCUUCUGCAAUACUCAUUGCUAGUAGUUUUACCAUUGAUGCUUUCAGUAUAUGGCUUUCUACAUUUUCAAAUUUUUAUAAAAAUUUGUCUUCAAGUAAAGAAAAACUAUAUAGUUCUAAAGAGAAAAAAAAUAAAUUAAAAUAUACGGGAAUGGAUUCAGAAUUAUAUUUUAAAAAACAAUUUAUACUCUCAAUUUCUACGGUUAUUGUUAUUCAUAUUAUUGCUUAUAUUUUUUUAAAAAUUUUAUAUAAUUCAGUUAAUUAUAAAGGAUUAUUCAAAGACAAGAAGGCAUAUUUAAUGUUUUUACUAUUUUUACAAAUUCUUCAACAUAUAAUUUCAAUUCUUAUACAAAAAAUUCUUAAGAAAAUUAUUAAAAGCCAAAAUAUGUCAUUUUUCUAUAACUAUAGACUUAAUAAAGUUUUUUCUCAAGCAAUUCUAGGUGUAGAAUUAUCUACUUUAGCUAUUGUUAAUUUUUCUUUAUCGUUAUUUAUUGGUAUUGUAACAUUUUUUUUAUCUUUUGUUCGACCAGCAAAAACUAAAUUUCAACAAAUACUUAUCUCCAUUGUUUUGGAAUUGAUUAAUCCUCUUAAUUGGAUUUUUUUGUUUUCUUACUAUAAAAAUAAAGAAGUUAAGGAUCUUAUGCAUUUAUUUGCUUUUGGUUGGAAAGUAUGGUAUCUUUGGACACCUACUGUUUUAUGGUUAUUAUGGUGGCCAAUAUGGAUAAUGACCAAAAUAAUUUUAUGUAUGCCUAUUAAAGAUCAUAAUGAAUAG